AUCAAGCUCAUCAAAAUACAAAAUAUUGUUUGAAAUUGUGAUGUUCCACCACUAGAGGGCAACAGCUAGCUACUUAAUGGUAACGAGGUGGUUUCUGUGUGGAGUUUGUAUGAGUUUGUGUGUAUGUUCUGGUUCUCUUUCAAUCUCUUUUGGCAUUUUUUUCUUUUUAAAUAUAAAAUAAUCAGAUCCAUUCAUCACUACCGUCUUUUUCCAUGGAGUUUGUAUCUAGAUCCAUCCUCCAGAGUCUGUAAGAGACAGUUUACGACCAAGCUAGCUCUCCUAACCUCCACUCCUCCACAACCUUUGGUUUUUGUUUUGUUUUUUUAAUUUUUUUACAAUUGUGAGAGUUUAUUGUACAUUAUAAAUGACUCAGACUGGAUGGUCAUUAAGGACAACUAUUACAUAGAUAGGUGGACAUGUUGUAAAUUGUUAAAUAUUACCUUGUUUUUUUACUUUCUUUUGUUAAAGUUAGAAGGGAGGGAGGAGCGUAAACUGUAUAUAAAGGUUGUUCCACACAAACACUCAAUACACUCAUUGUUGGAACAGAAGAUAUUAACUAUAUGAUGGAGAAAUUAUUCCUUUUCACUGCGUUGAUGAUUUCAACAUGCUGUGCUGUAACACAAGAUCUCUCAGGAAAGGUGUUUGUUUUCCCCAAGGAGACUAACACUGACCAUGUUAAACUCCUCACAACCAGAUCUACAUUCUACAACGUGACAGUGUGCCUGAGAUUUCUUACAGAUCUCAACAGGGAUUACAGUCUCUUCUCUAUGUCUACUCCAACGGUAGAAAAUGCCUUUUUGAUCUAUGGGGAGCCAGCAAAUCAUGUAUUCCAUGUCAAUUCUGGCUCCGGUCCAACCUUCCACGCAGUGCCAUUUCCACAGAACACAUGGCACAGUCUCUGUAGUACCUGGGGACAUGGGUCAGGCGUGGCUCAAAUAUGGCUGAAUGGCAAACCAUAUGUUAAGAAGUUUGUCACAAAUCAACCCAUCAGUGGUAAACCUAUCAGCAUUCUGGGUCAAGAACAAGACUCCUACGGUGGACGUUUUGAUACAGCUCAGUCUUUCGUUGGUAUGAUUUCUGAUGUCCACAUGUGGGACCAAGUCCUGACUCCCACUGAGAUCAAGAGCUACAUGAACCACAAACACGUCACCCCAGGAAAUGUGUUCAACUGGAGGUCCCUUCAGUAUGAAAUCACUGGGCAGGUUUUAGUGGAUGAUGCACCAGAUGAUAUGUAACAGGUCGUCAGACAACAUGUUUCUUGAUGAUCAAAACAUUUGUAAACCAAUUUAAACGAUCAAAACUAAUCAUUUGUUUGGUGAUUUUUGCAAAAGGUUGCUGUAUUUUUUAAUCAGGUCUUUAAAAAAAGAAAACACAUUUAACUGCACCUUUCCAGAUAUCUAUACAGGAAACACUGGGUGACAACACGUCUCUGUGUGAUCUGCAGGACAUGUACUGACAAAUUUAAAAAAUAAAAUUGUUUAAAUUCUCAAAAA